CGCCGCCUUGGCUGACUUGCUUGCUGCGGUCGCCGCGUUGCUUUUGUUGCUGCCUCCUCCGCCGCUGGCGCUCCCGCUCCCGGUUAGGCCCCGGCUGCUGCGCGGUGCAGCCGGGGCCGCCGGAGGAUGAGCCGCCGGCUGGUGCAGGUGGUCUUGCUGUGCCUGGGCUGCGGCUUGUGCUCCUUGCUCUACGCCUUCAGCCAACUGGCUCUGUCGCUGGAGCAGGAGGCGGCCCGGCGCCAGGGGGACUCUGCCUUGCCUGUGCGCAGGCAGCUCAGCGGCGGCGGCGGCGCCUGGAGGGCCGCGGCGAGAAGCGCAGGCUGCAGCCAGCGAGAGCCGCCGGAAAGGUGUAAGAAUGUGUCUGUAUCCUAUUGGAAUUCCUAUUGGAUGCUGCCCUCUGAUGUUUGUGGAAGGAACUGCUUUUGGGAAGCUGCUCGUAGAUAUGAUUUUGUGAAAAAGCAACCUUUGGAGAAGAUGCACCUGGCCGUAGUAGCCUGUGGCGAAAGGUUGGAAGAGACGGUUACCAUGUUGAAAUCAGCCAUUAUUUUCAGCAUCACACCCCUGCACUUUCAUAUUUUUGCAGAGGACCCAUUACACACUGAGUUCAGAGAAAUACUUGAUGGUUUGGCGUAUCAAGGAAAAUUUAAUUAUACUUUAUACCCCAUCUCGUUUCCAGCUGAGAAUGCAGCUGAAUGGAAGAAACUGUUCAAGCCCUGUGCAUCUCAGAGGCUUUUCUUGCCAUUAAUCCUCAAAGAUGUAGACUCUCUGCUCUAUGUUGACACGGACAUCCUGUUCCUAAGACCUGUUGAUGACAUUUGGUCCUUCUUGAAAAAAUUCAAUUCCACUCAAAUUGCUGCAAUGGCACCUGAACAUGAAGAACCUCGCAUCGGGUGGUAUAACCGUUUUGCCAGGCACCCGUAUUAUGGAAAGACUGGAAUCAAUUCUGGAGUAAUGUUAAUGAAUAUGACCCGCAUAAGAAGAAAACAUUUCAAGAAUGAUAUGACCACAGCACGGUUACGGUGGGAAGAAAUUCUGAUGCCGUUGCUGAAAAAAUAUAAGUUGAACAUAACAUGGGGCGAUCAGGAUCUUCUGAACAUUAUGUUUUUUCAUAAUCCAGAAAGCCUUUUUGUUUUUCCUUGCCAAUGGAACUAUCGGCCUGACCACUGUAUUUAUGGAAGCAACUGCCAGCAGGUCGAUCAAGAAGGAAUAUUCAUCCUCCACGGAAACCGAGGGGUUUACCAUGACGAUAAACAGCCAGCUUUUCGAGCUGUGUACGAUGCAAUAAGAAAUUAUUCAUUUGGUGAUGACUUGGUGCAUGCCUUGUUGCUACCCCUUGAACUGGAGCUACAAAAGACACAGCACACUUACUGUGGAAGAAUAUACAAAGUAUUCACAAAGCAGCUAACCAAAAGCAUAAGGGACAUUUGCGAAAGAAGAUCUAAAGGAAGGUGAUCAUCAUAGGCUCCCCAAACUUUUGAAUUAAACAACACAGAUGUGAGAGAAUAUAUGAUGCCUGAAGGAUAUUCAUGAAAGAAACAGCACAUUGCUCUAAUCAGUUGUUAUGUCGAGAAGUAUGCUGAGAACUAUCUCCCAGUGUGGACAAAAUGAAGAUGCCGUUCUUCUUGAAGAAUUCUCUGCAGGAAGAAAAGCACACUGCAGAGAACUGUUUGAAGUUCAGUUAGUACACAUUUUCACAACGGUGAAUUGUAACUGAGUCAAGUGUUGCAGAGUUUUGUAUUCAGGUUUUUCCCUCUAUAUAAUAUAAUUCAGUUUCUUUAUAACCUCAAAUGCGUCAGAUACAAAUGAAGGUCUUUAUACUGUAUAAAUGACUGUACCCUUUGUCAUUCCUAAUCUCAAAUUCUGAUAAAACUGUGAACAUUGCCGUAACGGAGUCAGCACUAACCUCACUUUAAAAGCGUGAGAACAAAUUGUUUACAAAUCUCAGAAGUUAUUCCGUUUUCAGAGGAAUGUGUUAUGACUGAUGACAAUCUAUAUGUGCCUUUGUCUUCAUCUCUUGUAUUUUACAAUAUUUUGACAAUCAUGUUUUACUUUUUUUUAGAUGUAAGCUGCACCUAAUAACAGGACUUCCACUCUAGAAAUAAAUACCUAGUGGAAGCAAAGCUAGUGUCAUAUGUAGUUAAUAAUAUAUUGGCGUAAACCAGGAUUGGGGAAUCUGUGGCGCUGUCCAUGAGCGUUGGCCAUGCUGGAUGGGACUGAUGACAACUGGGAUCCAACAGCAUCUGGAAGGCAACAGUUCCCCACUCCUAUAAACAAAAGCUGGGAUCCAAAGAUCUACAUAGGCAUGCUAAAGAGCUUGGCCCAGUUAGACUUCUUUGUCCUCAACCCCUUGAACAGUGGACCUCGUUUCCAUAUCCGAAACCAGUUUUGGAAGCCUUAACAGCAUCAGACGCAAUUUGCAACAUGGCGUGAAGGCUGUGGUUUGAGAAGUCCAUUCCCAGAGCCCCUUUACAAGUCCAGAGCUAGUGUGAUUCUUUGGGUCCCGACCAACAUUUUAACAUGGUAGAACUCAACGCCAAAAUAAUAUGGCUAGAUUUACUAAGGCAAAAUAUGAUAUAGAUUUUAUAUAGUUUUUAUUAAAUUUGAAUAAGAUUUUUAUAUAUUCUUACUGGCCCUUCUGGAAGAA